AUGUCCGGCCGCGGCAAGGGCGGGAAGGGCCUGGGCAAGGGCGGCGCCAAGCGCCACCGCAAGGUGCUGCGCGACAACAUCCAGGGCAUCACCAAGCCCGCCAUCCGGCGGCUGGCCCGGCGCGGCGGCGUCAAGCGCAUCUCCGGCCUCAUCUACGAGGAGACCCGCGGGGUGCUCAAGGUGUUCCUGGAGAACGUGAUCCGGGACGCCGUCACCUACACGGAGCACGCCAAGCGCAAGACGGUCACGGCCAUGGACGUGGUCUACGCGCUCAAGCGCCAGGGCCGCCCCACCCCCUGGAGUCUGCACUCUUUAAGUUGUUACCUCUGCUUGGCGAUGGCUCGCACGAAGCAGACGGCCCGCAAGUCGACCGGCGGCAAGGCCCCGCGCAAGCAGCUGGCCACCAAGGCGGCCCGCAAGAGCGCGCCGGCCACCGGCGGCGUCAAGAAGCCGCACCGCUACCGGCCCGGCACGGUGGCCCUGCGCGAGAUCCGGCGCUACCAGAAGUCCACCGAGCUGCUGAUCCGCAAGCUGCCGUUCCAGCGGCUGGUGCGCGAGAUCGCGCAGGACUUCAAGACCGACCUGCGCUUCCAGAGCUCGGCCGUCAUGGCCCUGCAGGAGGCGUGCGAGGCCUACCUGGUGGGGCUCUUCGAGGACACCAACCUGUGCCUUCCAACAGCCAUGUCUGGCCGCGGCAAGGGCGGGAAGGGCCUGGGCAAGGGCGGCGCCAAGCGCCACCGCAAGGUGCUGCGCGACAACAUCCAGGGCAUCACCAAGCCCGCCAUCCGGCGGCUGGCCCGGCGCGGCGGCGUCAAGCGCAUCUCCGGCCUCAUCUACGAGGAGACCCGCGGGGUGCUCAAGGUGUUCCUGGAGAACGUGAUCCGCGACGCCGUCACCUACACGGAGCACGCCAAGCGCAAGACGGUCACGGCCAUGGACGUGGUCUACGCGCUCAAGCGCCAGGGCCGCACCCUCUACGGCUUCGGGGGCUAA